AUGACGUCAGCCCACACGUCGCCGAGCAGUGAAACAAACAUGGCGACAGAAUGGAGCGGGCAGCAGGGUUAUGUUCUCACUCUCGUUAUAUUCCUGUGGAGCGCUGUCGGUGGCCGCACGGAGGCGGCGGCCGGGUCCGGUGUUGGCGGCGGCGGCGGCCGGGGCAGCAGCGGGAGCCAGGUGCUCGGCAUGCGGCUGGAGAGGAGCGACAAGCCGGCCAGCACCAAUGACGACGGUGUCAUCCAGGUGACUGAGGAGAGCUCCCUGCAGCUCCGGUUUUACGGGGUGCAGCUCCACUCGGGCGCCUGGACGCAAAUCCGCUUCACGGAGCUCACGGACGGCGACGGAGGGGCGGACGAGGAGGAGGAGGCGGUGGCGGCGGCGAGGGGCGGCAGCGGCAUGAUGGACGCGCCGGAAACGACAUGUGCUGAUUUCACGAAGGACAUCAGCGUCGGGACUUUCAUGAAUGUCAGCAGUCGCGGCACCUCCGGGCUGCUCGCCGUGCACAUUAAGCCGCUCCGCAAGAGCGAGCCGCAGAAGGAGUACGCCCUGUGCACGCCGAGCGCGGACGGGAGCAGGUGGGUGCAGCUGGGGGACAGCGAUGGCAGGUUGCUGGUGGUGGAGGAGAAGAAGUCCUUGCUGCCCAUGUGGCUGCAGAUCAUCCUCAUCCUCUUCCUGCUGGUCCUCUCCGGGAUGUUCAGCGGCUUGAACCUGGGACUGAUGGCGCUGGACCCGAUGGAGCUGCGCAUCGUCCAGAGCUGCGGCACCGAGAAGGAGAAGAAAUACGCACGAAAGAUCGAACCCAUCCGCAGCAAAGGGAACUAUCUGCUCUGCUCCCUGCUUCUGGGGAACGUCCUGGUGAACACCACCCUCACCAUACUCCUGGAUGACCUGAUCGGAUCAGGUUUGGGCGCCGUGGUGGCCUCCACCAUUGGGAUUGUUAUAUUUGGUGAGAUCGUACCCCAGGCGCUGUGCUCUCGCCACGGGCUGGCCGUGGGAGCCAACACCAUCAUGGUGACCAAGUUCUUCAUGCUCCUCACCUUCCCGUUGUCCUUCCCCGUCAGCAAGCUGCUGGACGUCCUGCUGGGCCAGGAGAUCGGCACCGUGUACAACAGGGAGAAGCUGGUGGAGAUGCUGAAGGUGACGGAGCCCUACAACGACCUGGUCAAAGAGGAGAUGAACAUGAUCCAGGGCGCCCUGGAGCUCAGGACCAAAACUGUAGAGGACGUGAUGACGCCCAUCGGCAACUGCUUUAUGAUCCAAGCGGACGCUGUGCUGGAUUUCAGCACCAUGUCAGAGAUCAUGGAGAGCGGGUACACCCGUAUUCCCGUAUACGACGACGAGAGGUCCAACAUCGUGGACAUCCUGUACGUGAAGGACCUGGCGUUCGUGGACCCGGACGACUGCACCAGCCUGAAGACCAUCACCAAGUUCUACAACCACCCCGUGCACUUUGUGUUCCACGACACAAAGCUGGACGCCAUGCUGGAGGAGUUCAAGAAAGGUAAAUCCCACCUGGCCAUCGUCCAGAAAGUGAACAACGAGGGAGAGGGUGAUCCGUUCUACGAGGUGCUGGGAUUGGUCACGCUGGAGGACGUCAUCGAGGAGAUCAUCAAAUCAGAGAUCCUGGAUGAGUCUGACCUUUACACCGACAACAGACACAGGAAAAAGGUGGACUCCAAUAAAAACAAGCCCGACUUCUCCGCCUUCAAGCCCGACGCCGACAGUAAAGUGAAGAUUUCUCCUCAGCUCAUGCUGGCGGCUCAUCGUUUCCUGGCUACAGAGGUAAGCCUGUUCAGCCCGUUCCAGAUCACAGAGAAAGUCCUGCUGAGGAUCCUCAGACACCCAGACGUCAUCCACGAACUCAAAUUCAGCGAAAGUGACAAACGCUCACCCCAGCACUAUCUUUACCAGCGGGGCAAAACUGUCGACUACUUCAUCCUCAUUCUGCAGGGGCGAGUGGAGGUGGAAGCCGGAAACGAAAACAUGGUGUUUGAAACCGGCCCGUUCUCCUACUACGGAGUUAUGGCUCUAAGCUCACCAUCUCUGGCCGUCACCCCUCCCCUCUCCCCUUCAGUGGCGUCUCCCCCUCCGCGACGCCUCUCUCUUAAAAGGUUUUCUCUGUUCACUCGUUUCCCAGAGUUUCGAUCUCCAUCGCACGCGGGCAACCUCAACCGCUCGGCGUCUCUGAGCUGCACUGAGCGCGCUCCAGAAAGCUGCUCUGUUGGCGGGAGCAUCACUCAGAUCCCAGGCACCCCCUUCCAGUACAUACCAGACUUCUGCGUACGUGCUCUCACAGACCUGCAGUUUGUCAAGAUUACUCGUGCUCAGUACCAGAACGGUCUCCUGGCGUCCAGGCUAGACAGCACGCCGCAGUCUCCAGAGGGCAGUCGCACUCGCCUGGACACAUCCGUCUCCUUGCCUCCUGUGUCGCCUCCGGGGAUCCGUGCUCCAGUGCCGCUGGCCACGCCUCCUGCAAAGCGCCAGCCGGCUAAAACUCAGCUUUCACCGAGCAACCGCGCCGCUCUGCCCCAAGCCACCUCCUCCAGCCGCAGACCGAGCCAAUCUCUGCCCCAAGCCCCUCCCCCUCCGAGCAACCACACCCCACUCUCCCAAACCUCUCCGUCCUCCGUGAGUACAGCGACGUGCACCUUCAACCCCCACCAAACUAUGACCUCCUCCAAGUCUCAGCAGUCCCCGUCCUCUGCUGGCCUGGAGAACGGGCCGGGAGAGACCACCACUCUGCUCAGUGAGCAGCAGAACUGCGUGGGCCCCCGCCGGCCCAGCCACACCCAGGCGCACCCCCACCCACACGUUCACACCAUCACUCACGCUCACACUGAAAGCACCAUCUAACUGAAGUCCCUGCGGGGCGACUAAACUACCUGUGCAAUCGCUCACAUACCGCACACUCGCACUACUUCCUGUUUCCUGUGUGCUUGUUGUCUCCUGAACUAUUCUGUUGACGUCCCUCCUGCAUGUUCCCCUCCGAACACUGACAAAGAUCAACUACAAAGAUGGCCGAGGCACAGGGAACACUAGUGAGUAUGAGACGGGGUUGUGUAUGUGUGCUCUUAAAGGAUCAGUCCACCCAGAUUACAAAUAGACAUUUUAGUUACCUCCAGUGGAAUCUAGCCUUGCAGAUGGUUUUGGGAUAUCUGCCUCUGAGAUUUAUGCUUUCAGCGAGUCCAGAUCCACAGCUGUACCCAUGAAAGUAGGGCUGAACAAUUAAUGAAAAUCUUUUCUAAAUCGCAAUAAGGCCUAAUGCAAUUUUGAAAUCGCAAUUUUGUUAAAGGUGAUACAUGUGUCAAAUACCAUUUUAAAUUAAAUAUCGUCGUGCUGCAGGAUGUCCUGGCCUAUCUUACAUCUUACUCUACAGACUUAAACAAAAAUCUUUGUUUGGGACAGAUCCAUGCAAAAAUCACACCAUAAUUUAUAUAUUUUUAUAUAUAUUCUAUAUUUUUUAAAUUAAAAUGACAAUAAUUAUGUAAAUUAUCAUUCCCUCCAGCAUUGCAAAUAUAUAAUCGCUUAUUAGAUUUUUGAAAAUCGUUCAGCCCUGCAUGAAAGCCAACGUCAGCUGAUGUCAGCUAGGCCAUUUCGGCCCUUUUCGUGUAUUUGCAGAUAUCUCAAAACCUGUACAAAAUACUGAAACGAUUUGCAAGUUGUGGGGUGGGGGCUGUUAUUUAUGUGCACAGACCUUUUUAAGUGAUUCCUGGUCAGACAUUAAUAGAAAACUCACAUUCCCACCUGCUUUUUCCAAAUCAGCGCUGCUACACAGGUUACUCUUUAGUUUUUUUUUUAUUUAGUUUGCCUGUCAAUUUCCAUUUAUUUUUCCAAAGAGUGAAACAUCCAAAAGCUUUUAAAAGUUAACGGUGAAGGUCUUUUUUAAAGAAAUAUGAUUUAGUUAGGCCUUGUUAUGGAACAGCAGUUGGUUUGAGAGGGUUCUUUGGAGAUGAGACGGCCUUUGAUUGUGACAGAUUGUGCCUCCGUCUGUGCUGAGCUGUCUGUGAGUCAGUUCAACUACCAGCAAACGGACCAGAGUCACUGUUCUGAGUGAAACUUAAACAACCAUAUCAGUGAUUUUGCAUGUUUUUGCCCAUUCAGUACAAAUCAUAAAAACUUUGCCUUGCUACUGACUAUUUUUGCAAACAAUGCUGCAGUUUUCUAGAUUUUAAAACAAAAACUCUACUUAUUUUAAAGUAUUUUUAAAAUAAUAUAUGCUAUUCCAUUUUAUUAUCAAUUAAUAAUUCAACAUUUAAACACAUAAGGAAAUAUAAAUAUUAAUUGGCUAAUAAAUCAUCUUUUAAAUUAUAUUUUUAGUUUAUUGAUGCACAAUUGAAUGCAAAUACAAUUAAUGAAGUAAUAAUAGCUUUUUGCAUUUAUGAAUUUUUUAACUGAUAAUAACUCAGUUCUGUAAAAAGAAAUUAAUCAGGUCACUGAUUGAUAUACCCUACAUUAACUGAAACCAGUAGCUGGCUGAAAAGUGAAAAUAGAAUAGUCCACAGUGAUAUAAAAUAGGCAAAAAUUAAGAGGCUAAAUCUCGCAAAAACACUAGUAUGGUCCUUUAAGUGAAUAUUACUACUGAUGUGAAGAUGGGUGUCUUCCUGGCCUACCUCUUGACCAAGGCAAUGUGUUUAAAAUUAGAGUGAAAAUAUUUAUUUUAUGCAAUACUAAUUUAUAUAUAUUUGACAUUUAAUUUGUUGUUUUUUUUUUAAUAUUAUAGAGAUUUUAUUUAUUUUUUGGGAUUUCUUUGGUUCUUGAAAACACUGCAGUUUGCGUUGAGGGAUGAGCUGCACACAUCAGAUGACCCUGAAGUGCACAGACACUGUUUAUUGUGAACGGCUUUCAGUUUGCAUCUCCACUAAAUAUUUCCUCACUGUUACGGGAGCUCGUUGUGACACCAGCUCCUUCGCAAUGUCAAGACACAAAGAGAUGACCAAGCUGGAAGACGUUGCAACAUGUUGGACUAAUGUCAGAAGUCUUGGUUGGAAGUGACACUGUGCUUUUUUUAUUUAUUUUCCUCUGUGUUAUUGUAUGUCUGAGCACACAAUGCAAUUUGGGUUUACUCUAACAUAAAAGUAGUUUAAUGCGUAUAGUUUUCAGUAGCAGGUAUGGUCACAGGUUUAAUGAGGGAAUGACUACAUAUUCUCUGCACACGCUCUCUUAUUACAGAGAAUGAGUUUGAUAACAUACUGACCAAACUCUUUCUUUCAGAGGCUCUGGACUGUUUCGGUUCUUAGUCAUGAGUCAAUGUCUUUUAUUUAUAAGUAAAUCAGCUGUUCAUUUAUGUGUUCUUCUGCUCUUAUAUAAUUGAGCUGUUGUUUUUAAGAAAUAGUUUGACAUUUUGGGAAAUGUACGUAUUCACUUUCUUGCUGAGAGUUAGCUGAGAAGAUUGAUACCUGUCAUGCCUGCUAAAUAUGAAGCUAGGCAGUUAGCUUAGCUUAGCAUGAAGACUGGAAGCAGCUAGCCUGACUCCCUACACUUCUUUGUUUGAUCUGUACGGAAGCCCUUAGCGGCCAUCGAUUCAAAAAAAUUUUUUACUCCAUUUUCCUUUGAUAACAGGAUAAUUUUCUUGUGAUCUAGAAAUAACAAACCAUAGCUGAACAGGUGUGUCGGCAGGUGCGUUUCUUUACGAUAAUUUCCAAGUAAUUGUUAGUGUCACUGAUUAGCUCAAUUGGUAGAGUGUAGACUUCCGCUCUCAGCAACUUUUUUUUUUUUUCUUUCUUGUUUUUUAUUAUCCUCUUUGUUAUGAAGAGAUUCAGUGGGAUCCAAUCACACAAUUCCCGACAGCUAUUUCAAAGGUUCUGAAAUAGCUGUCAGUAAAUGUGAAACCGGCUUCAUGAGAACUUCAUAAGAAGAGGGUUGUGAAAAAGAUUAAAAAGGAAAAAAAAGUUGGUCUUCCAUGAGGAUCAAAUCUACCAUUCCAAGGGUAUGAGUCCUGUGCUCUACCAAUUGAGCUAAUAAUAAUAAUAAUCCUUAUUUGUAGAGCACUUUCAAAAACAAGUUACAAAGAGCUAAGCAGUGACACUGAUAUUCCUACUGAAAUUACCAUUAAAACACUGUGUUAAACACUGUGUCGUCAUCUCGAGAUCACGAGAAAUUAUCCAUUAUCACGAGAAAACAACAUUCGUUAUAUGAAGAUCUCGAUAAUUAUCUUGUUAUCACGGCAAAAUAUAGUGUAACAUUUUUUGAAAGGAUGAGUUGUUAGGGCUUCCGUAGAUCUGUACACAAAUAGAAGUGUAUAAACCAAAGUUUGUGGUUUCAGGGGGGGGAGUUAUGUUUCUGGAACUAUUUCUUGAUGAACAACAGUUAUUGCAGCGACUGUGUGCAGCUUCCUAAAUUCUUUUCAGGUUUGGUACCCCUGUUUCCUGUACAAACAAAAACUAAAACCUGUGGUAACCUUUGCUCAUGAUGACAGUACAAAUAGACUCAUCACAGUUGCAUUUUCUCUAACGUGGGCUAAUUUAAACCUGAGGCUACAGAAAUCCUGGCCUAGCUUUAAGGAAUAUUUCAACAUUUUGGGAAAUACACUUGUAUUCUUGCAAAGACUUGGAUGAGAAGAUUGACAACACUCUGUCUUAAAUAUGUUAUAUAUGAUACUAUAGUCAGGAGACAGUUUAGCUUAGCAUAAAACGUGGAAACGGAAUUAGUUAGCCUGGCUCUGUCCAGAGUUUUCAAAUCUUCCUACAGGUACAAACACCAAAGUGUUUAAUGACCAAGUUACCAAAGUAAUCUUCAGAAAAUCUUGAUGAUUUUACACUUAAGAAAUUGUACAGCUCUAACAAACUAUAUCUAUUGUACUUUUUCGUGAGCUUUUGGGCCAUAAUUUUAACCUUUUGGAACAGCGCUAGGCUCGCUGUUUCCUCUGCUAACCACCUCUCGGCUGUGGCUUCAUAUAUAACGGACGGAUAUGAGAGUGGAAUUGAUUUCUGCUCUCUCCAAGAGAAGCAAGUAUUUCCCAAAAAUAUCAUGCUACUGUUGUGUUUCACACUUGUAUUUGUAAACCUUUGCAGCUUUCCCAGGGUGUAAGGUAGGGUAUGAGAUUCUGGAGAAAUCCAAUACCAUGAAGCAAGUUAUGUAACUAACGUUAGCUCGUUUGCGAGUCAGGAAAGGUGAUGAGAUAUUUGCUCUAUUAGACAAAAAGACGUGUAUUGGAUUAGAAUCCCAUAUCCCACCUUUAUGAUUGACACUUGAUUAUUGAAAACACUCACAGCACAAUAACUUGAUGAAAUUUAACGGACAACAAACAUUCCACAGCACGUCUUCACACUGAUUCACACUUGUGAUGUUAACCUUGUAAAAUCCCAGGGCUAAAUGUGUCGUGUGUGUGUGUCUGCAUGACAAUCCAAACCAGGGAUUCAUUCAUAUACAUGGCAGUUAAAUACAUGUGAAGUACAUUUCAUUUUGUGUGUAAAUGAAACUGUUCAACACAAAGCAGACAUUGAGUUGGAGGAGGUUUGGGUUGUGUUCCUGUGGACUGAUGACGCAGAGAUAAAGAGAUUAAAGUGAAGACGACUGUAGCAGCUCACUCCUCACUCUCUGUGGGUGACCGGCUGAGCUCAGGUGUUCAAGCUGCUAGCAUGUAAUCUACCUGUUUUAUUUUUGACGCUGAAACCAUUUAAGUGACUGUGAAGAUAAAUUAUUUAUUUAUAUGAAAAGAAGAAGGGGAAAAAAAAGAACUGUUGUAUAAGCUAGCACUGUGAGUUAUGUAGCGUUAAGCCUGAAAAAGUUAAUAUUCCAAAGCAUUUGUCCUUUUGUGGGAUGAUUUUCCAAAGUGAGACGUUGAAGGUGGAGGCAAACUGGGCAACUGCCUCAUGGGAGUGGCCCGCAAAAGCCCCAGGUGUCAGCUAGUUUUUGGGAAUUUGCUUUAUUUAUACAAAAAAAAAAGGGUAACAUUAUACGAUAUGCUACACAAAAUUGUGAGUAGUUGCUAAGGAAUGACCAGAUAAUUAAUUAAUCAUUAAUAAUCAAGGAGUUGAUCAUUAGAUUAUAAAUACUUCAUAUAUAUCUGUGUAGACCUGUGUUGGCCUUUAGUGGUUACUGAUUAACUCAGAAUCAGCCAAAAGGGGAACAAAACUAGUAACGACUCAUUAAUCGCUCAUUAUUUAAUCAUUAGUUACUCCCCAAGCAAAGCAAUACAUUAAACUGAGUACUUACUAAGUAGUUAGACGCUCAUUACUUCAUGAUUACCUGACCAUCACUUGUUCUUUCAUGUACCGCUUCCCUUGAGGGGGGGGGCAAAAAGGUUACGUAAUGCUCAGAUAAUAAUAAGAGUUAACUUAGCAACUACUCAAUAUAAUGCUUAAGUGUUACCAAAAAAUACAACCAUAGAUUUUAUGCAGCAGGAUGAUCCAGAUGAGGAAAAACCUGCUUGUUAAAUGCAAAUAUAUAUAGUGGACAUAGCCUUACCCUCUAUUUAAAGAAGAUUUAGACCUGCCUGCUGGUUCACAUAGGUCUCAAUUGGUCUUAGCUGGUUUCCAGUGAAGCCACUGGUUGGCUGUGUGACUACCGGUUUGUGUAUUGGGAAAUGUGCAAACAAUUGUUCUACUUAUUAAUGUUGUAUUUAUUGUAAACAUUGUAUUUAUUAUUCGUUUUUUUUUUUUUUUUUUGGUGGUUGUUAUAGACGCGCACCUGACCUGAAGGUGUCAUUCUGUGAAACGGGCUUCCAGCUGUAAGACACAGCUUUUUAUUGGGUUACUUUACCCACAAACACUGUGUUCAGUUCCCUGAUUGCUGUUUGUGUUAUAUUAACUGUAAAUACUGUACAUGAAGACAUGAAAGGGCCUUUGUGUGACGCUGAAAGUGAUGUUGAAAAUAGCUCUAUUUAUAAUGAGAGAUGUUCAGAUGUUAUUUUUUUGUUCCCAUUGUUUUGAUAGGAAGGCAUUAAAUAGCAAUAAACUUGCAGAGUUGACCUCAAAUAAUAAUGUACCCCUAUCUUCUGUAGCUUCUUCUUUUUUUGAUAACCAAAGCUCUCAUCCAAAAUCCCUGUCUCUCCUUUCCCAUCCUUCCCUUUUCCUUUCAUCCUUUGCCGUCUGUAUCUCCCUCCCACACUUUUCACUCCUUUUCCUCAUCUAUUUUUCAUCCUGCCCUUAUCUCAACUCCUCUCCCGCCGCUCACAAAUAUUAAAAUUCCUCUGGCUUUGCCUCCCGGUCCAAUCUGCUAAACUGUUUUUCUUGUUCAGACCUUUUUCUAUCAUGGGACUGCAGCGGGGGAGCAGGGCUUAUCAGCAACUCCUGUGGUGUUGUUUUUUAGCCCUGCGGCGGUGUGAUGAUUAGACCCGUACAAAGGUUAAAUAUUUUCUGGUUCUCUUGCCAGUGACUUUUUCACACUGUAUCAUUCACAAGCAAGUCGUUUGAGGUUUCAUGAAUGUGGAGCGAUGCAGAAACAAAGGCAAGGAGAGUGAAGAGUAGUGCCUCACAACGUGUUCUUGCAUCUCUUAAACUAGAUUAAGGUUACGCUGUUUUUGCACACAGAGAGAUCAGGCAGUAUUUAUCAAGGUUCUCAAGAGUUGCAGUGCAGAUUUGAGAUAAUUCAAGGACCUGAAAUACAAAAAUAUUUAUAAGUCCUUGCAAUUUAGUCUUGGAAAUCAAAAAGAGUUUUCCUUUCCAUGUCCCCAGGGUAUGUAAAGUAGAUACAGAGUACCUGUUUGGCAGGUUUUAAUAUUCCCUGCUGUUACACUAUUGUGAUUGUCUUUUCUUUUAUUGCAAUGGUUUAACAAAGACGAGAGGAUGCACUUCAGAACGUGGAUUGUGUGACUUAAAGCAAUGUGUACAUACUGUUUUAUAACUACUGAACGGCAUUUGAAGAAAUCUAAGAGGUUAAUAAACCUGAGAUAUAUUUCUCUACAGAA